UCCCAAAUAAUCCUUUCGUUAUUUUCGCUACGUUCCUUGAGCCCCAAAAAAAGUCCCCUCUCGCACGCACGUAAUAAAAAACAACAAACAAAUACAAGUUACAAACCAGCACAUCAUUUGGUCUCUCUUUCUCAAAAACCCUAAUCGCUCCAGGUUUCGUCAUGAAGGGAGGAAGAUCAAGAGCUAAUGAGAAUGACAAUGAUACGAAGCUGAAGAGCAGAGGCGCGAGAGCCGGAAAGCGAAAGGCAAAGGCUCCGAAGGAUCCAAACAAGCCGAAGAGACCUCCUAGUGCUUUUUUCGUUUUCAUGGAGGAGUUUAGGCAGCAAUUCAAAAGAGAAAAUCCUAACAACAAAUCCGUGGCUGCUGUUGGCAAAGCUGGUGGAGCGAAAUGGAAGUCCUUGAGUGACGCUGAGAAAGCUCCAUUUGUAGCUAGGGCUGAGUCAAGAAAGAAUGAUUACAACAAGAACAUGACGGCUUACAACAAGAAAUUGGCUGACGGAGAAAAUGGAGUUGAGGAGAAUGAAUCUGACAAGUCAAAGUCUGAAGUGCACGACGAGGAUGAAGAUGGCACUGGAGAGGAGGAUGAAGAUGAUGAUUAGAGAAAGGCAGAGGAGGAAGAUCCAUGUGGGACAUGAGCAGUUUAGUAGAAUUGCUUAUAAUAUGAUAAAACAUAAUUAGUGUUUUAGAUUAGAUUAAUUAGAUUAGUUUAUUAGUUUAAAAACACAGAACAGAGAAAGGACUGGUUUCAGUUCAGCCUUUCAGGAAUUUACUGUGAGCACAUAUGGAUCAUGUACUUAAAGUUCCGUAAUUCAGUAAUUCUUAAUGAUCUAGUUUCAGUCUUUCAUCAA